UGAGCAACAAAUACAGAUCCACUCAGCUCCUUUGAAUUCACCGGUGGUGAUCAGAUCUGCGAUGGACGGUGGCGACGAUAUGGAUUCACUGUUUGAGGGGAUGGAGCUAUUUACGCCGUCGUCCUCUCAGUUCCCCGAUAGCACCGACAACGCAUCCGCAGUUUUGCCGCCUUCGGAGGCGACACUGAUCACGGCUCCUUCGCCUGCAGAGGCGACGGAGACGAUGUCUGAGCCUCUGGACGAAGAUAUGUUCUCCGACUUAACGAUAGUGAGUCCGGUCCAACACGUAGCUGAGGCAGUUACUCGUCCACCCCCGUUACCGUCUUCUUCUUCCUCCUCCUGCGUGAAGCGUCAGGUGUCUCGGAGGAAGAAAAGAGCCGGCGGGUUGAGAAUCGGAUACGGGAGGCACGAGAUCAACGACGAUGAAGACAACGAGGAUUCCGUCAGUCAACAAUCGGCCGAUUCCGUCAGUCAGUUAUCAGAUUCCGUCAAUCAAGUAACGGAUUCCGUCAGUCAACAAUCGGCUGAUUCCGUCAAUCAAGUAACUGAUUCCGUCAGUCAGUUAUCGGCUGAUUCCGUCAAUCAAGUAACUGAUUCCGUCAGUCUGUUAUCGGAUUCCGUUAGCCAACAAUCUGAUCAGCCUUUAGACUCGGUCAAGGCUCAGAUCGAAGGGAAGCUGACGCGAGCACGUGCCUCGGCAGCUUCCGUCACUUCCUCUCGCAAGAGCGCCAUCAGGAAGAGAAGGCGAGCGUCCGAGAGUCUCAGAUUAGCUUCCAAAGCCCACGACGAGCUCGAGAAGCAGCUCGAGGAAGCCAUCGAGGCUGAGGAUUUCGACGCGGCCGAAAAGAUCAGCGAGAGCCUCGCCGCUGCCGAGAGAGAUAAGCUCUCUCUCGUGGCGUUGCUCCGUCAAGCAGAAUCCGAUUGCGACGCUGUUGAAUCCAAGAUGGAGGAAGUCCUCCUCUCUCAGAUCGCAGCUGAAGAAGAAUCCGCCUCUCUGCUUCGCGGAUUUUGCACGGAUGCUGAGAAUGAGGCAGAGUCGAUUCUGGAGAAGGCAGAUGGUUUUUGUGUAGAGGAAAUGGUGAAAUGGAAUUCAUGUUGCGAAGAUGUAGAGGUGAGGAAAGUGGAACUGGAUAUAGAGUCUGUCAUUGUUGAUAACGUUAGGCUGUCGUUGAACGAUACUCUUGAGGGAUCUGUUGAGCAAGAGAUGAAGGAAAAGGAGAUGCUGCGUAAGAGGAAAGAGCAUUUGUCUGAUGAGCUUGAGGAGCUGCUUGCUCUGGUGAAGGCAAAGGAGAAGGAGAUCGACGAGAACGAUUCUCAGAUAAAGGCAGUUGAGGAGAGAAUUAACAGUGUGGUCUCUGGCUACAAGGAGUUGCAAACAAGCAUGGAUAAGAUGUUUAGCGAUUUGCAAACGGGUUUGUCCCAGGUUGAUGCGGAGACUGAAGGUUUGUCAAGGAAAAAGAGAGAGGUGGACGAGUUCGUGGCGUCUGAGAAGGAGAGAGGAGCCAAACUCCGUGAACUUGUCAGUGUUUCAGCGGAUGAAGCAAAUGAAUAUGAGGAAGUUAUUAAAUUGCGAAAAACUCUCAUGUCAUAUGUGUCGAAGACUAGAGAAGAGAGAGCCAAGCUUGUAAACAUCGAAGAGAAGCUUUCUGAGGAAGUCCAGAGGCUACAGGAGGAGGUUUCCAGUACCCGAGAGUCACUAAAGGAGCAAUCUUCUAGAAAGUCGAUUAUCCAACAGAACAUUACAUCUUUCAUGGAUAAAAUUAUGUUCAUAGAGAAGCGGAUGCCGGAGCUUGAAGCAGAGAAGAAAGUGGCUGCGUCGACAAGAAAUUUCAAAGAAGCUGGAAGAAUAGCAGCAGAACUUAAGUCCUUAAAUCUGGAGAAGGAUAAGAUACAGAUCGAAACAGGGCAAGCGAACUCUGAGCUCGAAAAAGCAGAGCAGGAGAUUGAAGAAACAAUCAAGAGGUUACAAGAGUUAGAGAGGUUGAUUUUGUCGAAAGAAACGGAAUUGUCUGUCAGCAGAUUCCAGAGGUUGAGGAUUGACAGUGGCACUGCAAAAGCCGAGAGAUCAGCUGCUCUGGAGCUGAGUGAUCUCGAAGAAGCUAAUCUUCUACUUGAGGAAGCACAGGAAGCAGAAUCCGAAGCAGAGAAGCUUAAACUCACAUGCGGUCUCAAACAAGAAGGCGAAGAAGAAGAGGCUAAAGAAUGUUUUGUCUCCAUGGAACUAAUAGCCACCUUUGGUCUGAAGAAACUACAAGAACUGGCAGAAUCUGUUCCGUCAUAACCAAAGCUGCUUCAGGUUCAACCGUCAGGACUAAAAGCGCUCACCAUGAUCGAGCAAGAUAUUUAAGAGGCGUUGAUCAACAACGUUUUCCUUAGUCCACAUCAACAUGUAUGGUUUUGUUUUUCGGAUCCGUGUUUGAUUUAUUUCUUGAUGAAAGAAGAGAGUUCAAGCUUGUUCAAGCAAUACACUUGUAAGUUGCGUCCCAAUACUUCGUAUACCUUUUUGUACUUCUCAGUGAACAUUGCGAAAGAUGAGCAUUGGUUCAGAUUUCAGAGUAAAAGAAUAUUAUUGUCAA